AUGUUGAACGGAAAUGGUUCUAGCAAUGGCGCCAAGGACGAGGCACAGGACGCGAAUGGUGUUCAAGGGUUGCUAGACCAUGACUUCCAUAGCGCCUGGGGCUCGAACUACUCUAUGCGAGGUUUUGUUGCAGACGAGAGGGCGCGCGAGCUUUGGAAGCAAUAUUGCAACGACCCCAGCGCAAUUGAACGCCAGUACCAUCUUCUGUUGAAUGAGUACACGGAGACAUUUCAAAAGUUCUUCAAGGGAUAUUGGCCCAUCUCUCUGCACUCUCAUGUCAGCGAUGUCUUGGUGCCGACAACUAUGGCCACCCUGAUUCUCAACACUGCAUCUACGAGCCCUCUAAUAAUUGAGUCUCCCGAACUGUCUCCGAUGAUUCUAGAUGAGCCCGAACCGAAGCGGAUUCAAAGCUUUGUCCGGAACUUGCUAGGAUGGAAAGACGUGCAUGUACAAAGCCCAAGGUUUGCGAUCGUCGAGGGGGAUUUACGGAGGUAG